AUGACUGUCACGCGUCAUCUUAUAACAUUUUUUCUUCUAAUUAAACUGUUAGUUGGUACUAACGUUGAUGUUCGUUCAGCUGAACUUUCCGAACGAAUCGAUUGUUUUCCUGAAGCUGAAUCGAAAUUUUCCUACUACUCCAAAGAUAAUUGUUUGGCACGGGGCUGCCUAUUCGAUGAAUGGUCUCCUGCAGGUGUAAUACAAUGUUAUGUAAAUCCUAAUUAUGGAUAUAUAUUACGAGAAAAUGCACAGCAAACUUCAAAUGGUAUUCGAUUACGAUUACGAAGAAAUCAAGCAGUCAGUAGUAUGUUUCCAUCACCUAUUGAGAAUGUUGUACUUGAUGUACAACAUUAUACCAAUGAUAUAAUUCGAUUUCGAUUAUACGAUGAAGACAAUCAACGAUAUGAGGUACCAAUCCCAUUAUCGCCUGCCUCUGCUCAAGUAUCAUCACCACAAUAUGAAUUUAUUCAUGGAGCCGAUUCUUCUCGUGGCAAUGCUCAUUCAUUUUCGAUUAAACGUCGAUCAAAUCAAGCUACGUUAUUCGAUACAUCACUUGGUGGUCUUAUUCUUAAUGAUCAAUUUCUUCAAAUAGUAACACGUCUUCAAUCACCACAUGUGUAUGGAUUUGGUGAAAAUAAUCAUGAUACAUUAAAACAUAAUGUUAAUGAACGUAAAACAUGGGGUAUCUUUGCACGUGAUCAAGGUACUCAUUGGGGUUCCAAUGCGAAUCAAUAUGGAUCACAUCCAUUUUAUCUUGUUAUGGAGCAAACAAGCAAUUCUGGCCAAUCUCCAUCAGGUAACAUGCAUGGUGUUCUUUUACUCAAUUCGAAUGCUAUGGACUAUACAUUUUCAUCGGUGCCAUCAUUAACAAUGCGUACAAUUGGUGGUAUUCUCGAUUUUUUUGUAUUUCUUGGUCCAAAACCUGAACAAGUUGUUCAACAAUAUACAUGGUUAGUUGGUCGAUCUAUUUUACCACCUUAUUGGUCACUUGGUUUUCAAAUUGCUCGUUGGGAUUAUGGAAAUUUAACACAUAUGCAACGUGUAGUUAAACGAAAUCGUGAUGCUGGAGUUCCAAUUAGUGUUCUCUAUGCUGAUAUUGAUUACAUGGAUGCUGAAAAAGAUUUUACUAUUGAUCCAAUUAAUUUUCGUGGAAUGAAAGAAUACUUUGCUGAAUUGAAUGCUGAUGGAAUUCGAACUAUUGUCAUUUUGGAUCCAGCUACAGUUGAUGAUCAAGUUCAUUAUGCGCCAACAAUUGAAGGUAUUCGAGAAGAUGUAUUUAUUAAAUGGGAUGAUGGAAAGACAUUAAUGAAAGGAUCCUGUUGGCCCGGCGAUGUUUUCUUUCCAGAUUUUUUUACAAAUCGAACACAAAAUUGGUGGUCACGGUGGAUCAAAGAUUUUCGACGUGUUAAUCUUACAUUCGAUGGCCUUUGGAUUGAUAUGAAUGAGCCUGCUCUAUUUGAUACCAAUGAAGCAGAACCAUGGAAUUCACAUGACACUGGUAGUACUUAUACACUCAAAUGUCCAAUUAGUAAAUUUGAUGAUCCUCCAUAUCGUACUAAAGCUGCCUUUCGCUAUGAUGGUACAAUGACUCGACCAAGUCGUCUAUCCGACCGAACUCUUUGUUUAUCAGCUCAACAAGGUGAAAUUGAUAUGAAAACUGGUAAACCAAAAUAUCGUCAUUAUGAUGUUCACAAUUUGUAUGGAUGGAGUCAAACAAAACCAACCUUAGAUGCAAUGCAACAAGCAACAGGUAAAAGAAGUUUAGUUUUACCACGUUCGACUUUUGUUGGUUCCGGUCAAUGGAGUGGCCAUUGGCUUGGUGAUAAUGGUGCAAAAUGGGAAGAAAUGAAACGAUCUUUAAUUGGAAUGGUUGAAUUUAAUUGGUUUGGUAUUCCAUUUAAUGGUGCUGAUAUUUGUGGUUUUGAUGGAAUUCCCAGUGAAGAAAUGUGUAUCCGGUGGAUGCAACUUGGUGCGUUCUAUCCAUUUUCUCGAAAUCAUAAUAUUUGGAAACUACCAGAUCAAGACCCAGCUGUAUGGUCACCAUCAGCGGUAGCUAUUAUGAUUUCAGCUCUUCAUAUUCGUUAUACUCUUCUUCCAUAUUAUUAUACACUGUUCUAUAAAGCACAUACCCAAGGUUCAACCGUCAUUCGACCAUUAUUUCAUGAAUAUCCAACUGAUAAGACAACACUUGAUAUCUUUCUUCAAUUUCUUAUUGGAUCUGGUCUUAUGAUAGCACCUGUUACAGAUGAUGGAGGUCGAUAUGUUCAAGUUUAUAUUCCAUCAUCACAUUGGUACAAUUUUCACACGGGCGCACGAAUUGCUGUUCAAAGACAAUAUAUAUGGAUGUCGGCACCAUUAGACACGAUCCCAAUCUUCAUUAAAGGUGGAGCUAUUUUGCCUACACAAGGCUACGCUGAAAAUACGAAAUUUUCAAGACAAAAACCAUUUGGUCUUAUAGUUGCACUUGACGCGAACAGUAAUGCUGAAGGUGAUCUCUUCUAUGAUGAUGGUGAAUCAAUCGAUACAGUUGGUUCAAAAGCUUAUUACUAUGCUACAUUCCGGUGGUCAUCUAAUACUCGACAAUUAACAAUUAAUGUUAUUGAAAAUAAUUAUUCUUCUAUGUCAAAUUUAACUUUAGAUACAUUAACGAUCUAUGGAUUAAAUGAUAUACCAUUAAAAUUCACUGCCAAUAAUAAAGAUUUUACACCAACAGUACGACCACAAAGUCAAAUUAUUGAAGUAACAGGAUUAAAAUUACCCAUGGGUGCAAGUCAUGCAAUAACAUGGCAAUUUCCAGAGAUAGCAACAGUACAAAGACCUGAUUUUAUUAAUAAAGAUCCUAAAUAUCGAAUUGAUUGUCAUCCUGAUCCGAAUGCUAGUGAUUUUUCAUGUAGAAAUCGUGGAUGUAUAUGGGACACUAGUUUUGGAAAUGGCAUCGUUGCUUGUGUUGUUCCACAAGAAAAAGGUGGUUAUGCUUUAGCAGGAACUCCACAAAAUGUUUCUGAUGCUAUGACACACUAUGGACUUUCGCGUAUUUCUGCAGCUAAUCAAUUUUCUUUAUUUGGAAAAGAUAUCAAUAAAUUAAAUGUUCAAGUCAGUGUGUCAGGUACCGAUAUGAUACGUUUGACAAUACGUGAUUCAGAUGCAAAACGUUAUGAAGUUCCUGUACCCAUUCGAUGGAAUCCUGUUGCUCCAUCUUCAUCGAAUGGUGCUAAAAUUAAAUUUGAAAUGACUAAAAAUGAAAAUGGACAAGCUGGUUUUCGUGUUCGCCGCACAAAUACAAAUUCAAUUCUUUUCGAUACAUCAUUUUUUGCCGAAGGUUUCAUUUAUGAUGAUAAAUAUAUUCAAAUGAUUACAACUAUUCCAUCUAGAAAUGUUUAUGGUUUUGGUGAAAAUACUCAUCAAUCUUUUCGACAUGUUCUUAAAGGAUCACAUCGUUAUGGUGUAUUUGCUCGUGAUCAACCACCAUAUGGUGGACAUGAGAAUUUGUAUGGUACACAGCCAUUUUAUAUGGUUAUUGAAAAUGAUGGACAAACAUUUGGCAUACUUAUUUUCAAUUCAAAUGCGCAGGAUUAUAAGUUUGAUGAAUUUUCUGAUGAUCAAGCUAUGCUUACUUAUCGAACAAUUGGUGGCAUUUUGGAUGUUUUAUUUUUUGCAGGAUCACAUCCAGAAGAUGUUAUUCGACAAUAUCAACAAGUAAUUGGUACUCCUUAUAUGCCACCUUAUUGGGCACUUGGAUUUCAACUUUGUCGUUAUGGUUACGAUUCAUUGAAUAACAUGAGAGCAGCAACGUUAAGAACAAUCAAUGCAAAUAUUCCUUUGGAUGUUAUGUAUGGUGACAUAGAUUAUUUUCGAAAACGACUUGAUUUUACUUAUGAUCCAGCGAAUUUCAGUGGUUUACCUGAUUAUGUUAAUUGGCUACAUUCAAAUGGCAUGAAAUUUAUUACAAUUCUUGAUCCAGCUAUUGAUUCUGAAGAACCAAACUAUUCGGUUUAUGCUGAAGGACAACGCGAUAAUAUUUGGAUUAAAUGGCCAACACGUCGUAAUGUUCAAUACAGUGAAACCGGUAAUCGAAAUAUGGUUGGCUAUGUAUGGCCUGAUGGUAAAACGGUAUUUCCGGACUUUUUCUAUCCACCAGCAAAACAAUGGUGGAAAUCACAAGUCGUGAACUAUUAUUCUCAAUUGAAAUUCGAUGGUCUUUGGAUUGAUAUGAACGAACCAGCUAAUUUCGAUACAAAUAGAGAAAAACCAUUUAAUUGGAAUCGUCCAGAACCAUGGAGUCUUCAUUGUCCUUUGGAUGAACCAUUAGAAACACCAAAAUAUAAAACAUCAAUUUUAGGUGAUUAUCUCUCGGAUAAAACUCUAUGUAUGAUUGGUGAACAAACAGAUGAACAAGGUAAUAUCUAUACUCAUUAUGAUGUACACAAUCUAUACGGAUGGUCAGAAACAAUGGCUUCAUUACCAGCUGCUAGAGCUACAGAUAAUAAACGAUCGGUUGUUAUUAGUCGAUCGACAUUUCCAACUUCAGGGUCAUUCAGUGGUCAUUGGCUAGGUGAUAAUUCAGCACAAUGGUCACAUCUUAAAUAUAACAUCAUUGGAAUGUUAGAAUUCAAUUUAUUUGGUAUUCCCUAUGUUGGUGCUGAUAUUUGUGGAUUCGAAGGAGACACAACUGAACAAAUGUGUCAACGGUGGAUGCAAUUAGGUGCUUUCAAUCCAUUCUUCCGAAAUCAUAAUGGUUUAAAAUUUAGAGAUCACGAUCCAGGUAAUUUUGCUCCAGCUGCUGUUGCAUCGAAUCGUCGAGCGGUGAUAACACGUUAUCAAUUAAUUCCAUAUUUAUAUACAUUAUUCCAUCGUGUGCACAUUUCAGGUGGUACUGUAGUUCGUUCUAUGGGCCAUGAAUUUCCAUCAAUAACUGAUUGCUUACCGCUCGAUGAACAAUUUCUUUGGGGCUCACAUUUACUUAUUGCUCCAGUUAUCUAUGAAAAUAAUUUUAACAAAUGGGUUUAUUUACCAACAACUGAACGAUGGUUCGAUUAUUAUACUGGUGAAGAAAAAACAACACUUGGAGCAAUAACAGUUCCUGCACCGUUGGAUUUUAUUCCAUUAUUUUUACGUGGUGGAGCUAUUAUACCUCAUCAAUUAUCUGCUUUGAAUACGGUUAUGUCGCGUAAGAAACCAAUGUAUCUUAUUGUUGCACUUGAUAAUAAACAACAAGCUACAGGAGAUCUUUUCUGGGAUGAUGGUGAAUCGAUUGAUACCUAUGAAAAAUCGAUUUAUAAUUAUUUCAUUUUCAACUGUGAUUCAUCACAUUUAACCAUCGACCGAUGGACAUAUAAGUAUCCUGAGAUGGGUAGUGAGAUCAAAUUAGAAGAAAUUAAAAUAUUUGGUAUCAAUAAACAACCAAAUAGAAUUACAUGGAAUGGACAAGAUUUAACACCAAUGGCCAAGUGGACAUUUGAUCCAAACAAAAACAUUUUGAUUAUGAAAGAUUUGGCAUUGGAUUUUUCUAAGACACAUAAAUUUGCUUUUCUUCAAUAA